AUGCACGACAUCCCCGGAACCCUCAAAUGGGAGAUCGACCGUUCCGAUUGCUUUGAUUUUGUUCGCGACCUGCGCAUGGGUGUCUGGAACAGACUACACCAUAUUGCCUUUCGCACAGCGUUAGGGACAAAGAUUAAGGCUAUACUGUUGAAGAAGGCGAUGGAUUUGCCUGGAAUUGAGAGCCUGGGUGAUGAACACUGCUCAAUGUCGGAACUGGAGGCCAAGAUCAAGGAGGCAAGUGAAAAGGAUGAGCGCAUGAAGAAUGAGCUCAAGAUCCUUAAGAUAUGCAAUGAGGAUGCGAAGCUGCAAAUUCAGAGGCUCAAGGCGAUGAACGCAGGGAAGUUUGUGAGGGCGAGGAUUAUGGUACAAAAUGCGCAGAGUUCACGUCUUAAAAACAUCACACGCCAGAGCGCAGCGAGGGUAGAGAACAAGAAUUAA